CAACACUAUUUUACUUAUGGACCAACACCAACUUACUGAAUAUUCAUCACUGAUGUUAGCUUCAAAUAACCCGAAAAAGCCAGCUGGCAGGAAGAAGUUUCGCGAAACUCGACAUCCAGUAUACAGGGGAAUCAGGAUGCGGAAUUCCGGAAAAUGGGUCUGCGAAGUCAGAGAACCAAAUAAGAAAUCAAGGAUUUGGCUUGGUACUUUCCCAACCAUAGAAAUGGCGGCUAGAGCUCAUGAUGUUGCGGCUAUAGCAUUAAGGGGUCGUACUGCUUGUUUGAAUUUCGCUGAUUCUGCUUGGAGGUUGCCUAUCCCGGCUUCCUCAGACACCAAGGAUAUUCAAAAGGCAGCCGCUGAGGCUGCCCAAGUCUUCCAACCAUUAGUAGAGUCGGAAGGAGUUUUAGGAGAAUCUGGUAGCAAUACUACUCCUGAAACGCGAGAAAAUGCGUUCUUCAUUUCUGGAGAAUCUGCUAGCAGUACUACUCCUGAAACGCGAGAAAAUGCGUUCUUCGUUUCUGGAGAAUCUGCUAGCAGUACUACACCUGAAAAGCGAGAAAAUGUGCUCUUCAUUUCAGGAGAAUCUGCUAGCAGUACUACUCCUGAAACGCGAGAAAAUGCAUUCUUCGUGGAUGAAGAAGCGCUGUUCUACAUGCCGGGAUUACUUACGAGUAUGGCGGAAGGACUAAUGCUACCUCCACCUCAAUGUUUAGAAAUCGGAGAUCAUUAUGUGGAAGCUGAUGAUGCUUACAUGUCUUUAUGGAAUUAUUCUUUAUAAAUAACUAUUACUUCUUUGACAGUUUAUAUUUUCGUACUCAAUAUUUGUAUGGUACGGAUGUAAACAAGUAUUGUAAU